AUGCGGGAGAAGAAUAAUAGGUUGAGAAAUAACUUGUAUAAAUUAGUUGAGGAUGGGAAUGAAGAUGAUACAGAAGUACAAAUAUUAAGAGACGUGUUUGGGAAUGAUCGAAGAGGGACUAAUAUAGAAAAAAAGCCAGUCCCUCCUUCAGAAGCAUUACCAAGAAGAUUUGGAACGCCAAUUCAAGAGAAAGUUCAACGGGGGAAACCAGUACGAGUGGAGGAAGAAGAUGUGGAUCAAAAUCGAUUUAAAACACUCAGAGACAGUAUUAAAGAAAUUAACAAUACUAGAUAUGAACUACCAUCUAGGGUUAAGUUAGAAAAAGAGGAAAUUUUACCAGAUAAGAAAGCGCCAAUUUUAACUCAACAUGAAGAACCAAGGCCAACUGCUGUUCCCCAAUAUCAAUCAUUAUCGUCACCACUGACUAAUAAUCUUUUAUUACGUAAAUUGAACGAUAAGGAUAAAGAAAUUGAACAGUUAAAUAAACAAAUACUAUCAUUGAAAAGAGAUAAACAAAAACUUAUCACGAAAUCUUAUGAUGAUGAAGCUGAAAGUUUAACUUUACAACGCGUUCAUGAGCGCGAAAUUGAACAAUUAGAUCGUAAUUGGCAACGUAGAUAUGAUCAACAGGAUAGGAAACAUGAGGAAGAAAUCAAGGGUUUAAAUUUGAAACAUGAAAGACAGAUUAAACAUAUUGAGUCUCAAUUGAAAAACAAUGGUAAUUCAAUGUUAAUGAAGGAAACAGUUCAAGACUUGCUGCGUAAAAUGAUGUUUUUGAAAGGAGAAUAUUCAAAAGUUGUGGCAAAAUUAGAAGAUUUAAAGUUUGUAAAUGGAUAUCUCAAACUUAGUCUUGAUAGACAAAGUACAAACUCGUUAGAUGGACGUGGUGUACAUGAGUACAAGAAUGUAGAUAGCAAUGAUGAAGAAUCCACUACCAAUUUAAUAAAUGGUUAUAUUAAAGGAGGUGAUGUGGUGCAUGAUUCAGAUCUUAUCGGUGGAAUUGAGCUGGACUCAACCACCAAUUUCCUUAUUAAUUCCAAACCAAUGAAUUCGUCAUUUCAAGGCAUGAAUGCUUUACAAAAAUUUAAAGUAGUUGCUCAAUUGGUUUUAUUCACUGUCAAGCUCCAGAAGGCUAUUUCGAGAGAUUAG